AUGUCUCCUGAAGAAACUGUUUGUAAAUACUGUGGGGUCAGCUAUCUGAUUCUUCAUGAAUUUAAGGCUAUGGAAGAAAAACUGAAAGCAAUGGAAGAAGAGAUGAAAUUUUACCAAGGAAGCAUAGAACGUGAGAAUAGACUUCAAGAAAAGCUGCAGUCUCUUAGCCAAGAGUUUGAACAGUAUAAACAUGACAAUGAAUCCAAAAGAGAAAGAAUUCAAGAUGUGAACAUACAGUUAAAAAGUCAACAGAAUGAAUUUCAGAGAGUACAGAAUGAGUCAAGUCAUUUGCAAAAUGAAUUAAAAAUUAAGCAGAAACAACUGCAAGUCUUCAGUAAAAAAUUGUUGGAAUACAAAUACUUCUGGAACAAGACGCUUUCAUUACUUACUCUGACUAAAAGGGAAUUUACCAGUAUUAAACAUGAAAUAUAUGAUAAUUUUCAAAACUGGACUUUACUGAAAGAAGAAGUUUUUCUACAAAUUAGAUGUAUGAGUGAAACAGCUUUGGCAGAAAUCGAUAUCCUAAAUAAAAAUUUGAUAGCGUCCCAGAGAAAUCAGGUGUGCCUUGAAGAGGAAAUGAAAAAUCUCAGAUUGCUGUCAGAUGCAGCCAUACUAAGAUCUCAGCAGAUCCAGGCAUCCAAGCAGCAUGAAGGAAGCUUACAAGCCCGAUGCUACGACUUGCAAAAGGAAGCAUUAGAUUUGCAGUGUCAAGUGGAGGCCCUUGGAUUAAAGCUUCAGAAGGCAGUAAUGGAGCUAGACAACUGUAAAGAAAGACUCGUGAAAAAAACUAAUGAAGCUGAUGACUGUCAACGAGAACUUAGAAAACUGAAAUUUGAGUCCAUUAUUUCUGAGUCAAGACACAACAGGUUGCUUAAAGAAAAAGAAGAGUCUUUAUUGACUUGCCAACAAAUAUAUAAAACUUUACAGGAAGACCUGACUACAAAAGAAAGGCAAGAAGAAGAUGUCAAAAGAAGAAUUAACCUUGCAGAAAAUGAACUACAGAUGACCAAAACUCUUCUAAGUCAGACAAAAGAAGAGGUUGUAGCACUGAAGAAUGAAAGGGAAUUGAUGCUGAUUUCACAUCAGAAGAGUGUUGAGCAGCUACAGGAAACCCUCAGAGAGAAGCUGUUGAAUGAUAACAAUUGGAAGGAGAAGAUUGAAGCUGAGCUCAGCAAGGAAAGAGCCCGACAUUUAAUUGAGUUCCAAGAGCAAGCUCUUCUCUUUAAGGAAGAAGCAAAAUUGGAACUAGAUAUUGAGAAAGAAAAACACCAGGAAAUAAUCCAAAAGUAUAAGAAAGAACAAGAAGAACUACAAAGGAAGAUAUCUGACUUAAUUGCAGGUGCUACAAGAGACCUGAAGCUGGAAGUGAGCACUCUUGAAGAAAAACUUUGUAACUCCCGUAAGCAAUAUGCUGAAGAGUGUGAGUCAAAGAAAAAAGAAAUUGAGAACCUUAAAACUUUGGUUGCAGAAUCUGAAUCUCGCUUGAAGAAGGAAAUGGACAGCAAUAGUUGUGAAGACUGGAGGAAGGAAAUGAAACAGAAGUCAGAUGAACUGGAAAGUGUAAUGCUGACACAAACCCAACUGCUACAGCAACUCAACCAGUCCCAGGAAGAGAACACUUUUCUAAAGGAAACAGUGCGCAGAGAGUGUGAAGAACGCUUUGAAUUGACAGAGGCCUUGAGUCAAGCCAGAGAACAGCUCCUGGAGCUCAGGAAGUGCGGUGGAAGCUUGCCAUUGUCACCAUGUCCCCUCAGCAAGAGAGGCCUAACCUACCCUGCCACAGCUGUCAGUACCCACCCAGAGAGAAACCACAUGAAAGCAAACUGUGGAAAAUGCAUCCCUAGCCUGCAUGGAGUGUCAAAACCCACAACAUCCCCAUGUUCAGAAAAGACCAAGAGGGCCAGCAGCUCAGGAUUGCCCAACCUUCCCCAACCCUACCCUCCCAGGGGCCGAGCAUCUUCAGUAAAUGACGCCCAGCAGAGGCUGGCCUUCAUCCUGCGGAGGAGGCUGAGUCAUCAGUGA